UGUGGAUUGAUAGAAAGGAUGUGACCUCUGGGAUUCAGUCUGGGACAAACGCAGUUAAUCCGACUGGAUCGGAGUACCCUUGAGUGGUGUCAUCAGAUAGUGAAAGUAUUCACAAUCAUCUGGUCUUUCCAUAGAAAACCACCACCUUUUUCGCAAGGUGGCCUAUGGGAGUUGUUUGUUGCAUAUAUUUCAGACGCUUCUUUGUGUGAGUGAGAUUACAGUUACAGUGAGUCGUCUUGUAGUACGUAAAUGAUAGAUAUAUGACGGCAAAGGAGUUUAUAGUUUUGUAGAGAUUUCCAAAAAAAAAGUUAGUUCGUGAAAAUUGUAAAUCAAAGGACGAUUGAGUUGGCGAACCAUUGCUGAUAAGAGCUGAUUAGAAAUGCAAUGCAGUUACUUAUCAAAACAAAAAAGUGAUUAGUUUACUGUCCGAUUACAGAGUCUGUCACCGAAACCGUUAAUAACCAACACCAGUAUAACGAAACUAGGGAGAGCAAAUCGUUACAUCUUGCAUGUUUACAUUUCUCUUAGUUUUAGUGCUCUUUUUAUUACCCAUAACUGAUCGCUCGGACGUUCGCUUGUGCAUUGAGAGUGACGCAUAUGUUUUCAUUUCGAAUCGAAAAGUGCAUUACUUGUGUUUGAGUGUCAACAAUUCAUUCAGAAAGAUCGGGUUUUUUAUGUCCUAUCACAAUAAAAACUAAUAACAAUCGCAGUUUUGAAUUAAAAAUGUCAUUUCGUAAAUAGUUUUUAACGAUUCGCUUAAUAGUAUGGUGAUGGUAGGCUAUGUUGAGACGUCUCCGUAUUUUGAAAUUCUCAAUACGCAAUUCUAUGUCUAGAAAUAACAUCAAAGUCAAGCCGUAUCGUAUCUAAAUCUGAAUCUGUAUGAAGAAAAGCAGCUUUCGUUUACACAAUCCUUAAUUAUUGCUAAAAUGUUCGUGAUAAACACAUUUGACAGCUGUGCUAACCGUCCCCUGCAACGCUUCAUUGAAUCUACGUGUUUCCGAUAGAUGCGCAUGCCUAAACACGUGAAGCUACAAAGGAAACAACACUUUCAUUGAAUAUUCAUUGGAAUAUCAGCUGGUUAAUCAAGACAAAUUUAUGCUCGUGACCAUCAAAAGGGUUUUAACGCGAAACCUCGACACUGCAUUCCACAUCUGGGAGGGCUCCGAUGCCGAAGCACAGAAUGCAGCAUAACUGCAUAGUUAAUGCUGCAACCCAAAUGACAUUGAAAAUUUUGGCUCGCCUUAACAUUGACUCAGAAAAAGUUGUUUGUAAUAGUUUGUAUGCACAGUAAAUAAUAUGAAUAUUACAUCAUGUUUUUUGUAGAAAUUUUUAUUUUAUUUUUAUUAGCUGUUUAUAGAUUCAACCGGUAUAGUAUAUUUUCUGCUUCAAAAUAAUUUUGUAGAAUACCCAUGAAAGUUGAUGCCACAGUAUAAUAAAUUUACUAUAUUUCUCUUUCGCACUGGAUGCUACUUGCAAUUUCAACAAAUAUCCCUAGAUCGUUGUCUUACCAUACUACGGUAAUUAGCUUUUCCACAUAAAACCAGAGAUUAAGCGGGAUUCUUCAAAAAAAAAAUGAGCAGUGGCUGAAUAUAUUUGGACAGUGAUUGCGCGUUCGAAGUGCGAAUUUUUGAAGUAGAACCAAGCAGUUUAUUGUGUUCCGGUUAACCUUAUCUCGUCCCUACAGUUUCCAAAUUUAGUUCGAAGUCUCUCACAAUCUGCCCUAAUUCUUCUCCAGAAUGCAUAUUCGGACUUAAGACGCGUUCAAGAUAUUUUCAUUCAUAACAUUAACGUUCCAACGCUCUCUGUGGGUGAAUUACUUUGCAUACGAUUAGUGUAAUUUUUUCCAACCAAAUCCACGUCGAAUUGUGCAAAUCGUGAGUGCACAAUGCCAGCCCGCGAAGGGAGUGUCACAAUGUUGAACUAUUCGACCGUCUAACCCCGGACAACAUUGUACCUUGUUGUGGGCCUCGCUCGUGUAAAAGUGGACGCCCCCGCAACGCAUCGCCAUUCUACGCCAUCUGGGCGAGGUAAUCUCGAUUCUUAUCUUUGGCGGGUUUUACGUCAGCUAAUGAAUAUGGAAGGGGUUUCUUCGUCUAUUCCCGUGUGUACGCGAAACUAAUUCACUAUGCAGCACGUGUUAGUGCUGUAUCCAGAGCAGAUUUACCGGACCUGUGGCUAUGACAAAUUUACGAUUUUUGAGCUCAGUCUUACACUGGUAGCCGUCAGAAAUAAUCUCUCCGUGAAAACUUCUAGCGUGGAAAAUGACGGACACAAACGACUUGGUAAACAGUUCAACGAAGUGCAAUGAACAAUCGCCACCGGGCGGGAAAAAGAAAACCCAUCUGCAGCGUAUUAUGCUGCAAAGAAUGGGUUCCUUUACGUCGGCACCCCAGAUCAAGAACGUCGACUAUCAGGAUGACCAGCUGGAGAUAUCCAACGGAAUGUCGAUUCCUGACCUGCUGGAGUACUGCCGGAUUGCACGCGGUGAAGAUCGGCCCCAGCUCGUAAAGCGAAAAUUUCUGCGACCAAACGAACGAACCGGUCAGCCGGAUCUGACCGACGGUUUUCGGAUGCUGACACUGGACGCCAUUUCCAAAACUUGUAGUAAGCCAACGACAAAUCCUGCUCAGCUCCGAAUCUUUCAGUGGAAUAUGCUCUCGCAAACACUUGGUAUGAACAACGAUGGAUUUGUUCGAUGCCCGGUUGAUGCACUGACCUGGGAAUGCAGACGAUAUCAGGUGAUACAGGAAAUCGUCCAGAAUGAUCCGGACAUUGUGUGUCUACAGGAGGUAGACCACUUCAAGUUCAUUCAGAAGAUCCUAGCCACCCAAAACUACGAGGGCGUGUUUUUCCCGAAGCCCGAUUCACCCUGUCUGUACAUCCACGGUAACAACGGUCCAGACGGUUGUGCAGUAUUCUUCAAAAAAGACCGCCUGGAGUUGAUCAACCACUUCACCCGUGUACUGGAGGUUUGGCGCGUUCAGAGCAAUCAGGUUGCGAUAGCUGCGCUGUUCCGUACGCGUGACACCAAUCAGGAAAUUUGUGUUACUACUACCCACCUGAAGGCCCGCAAGGGUGCCCUCCUCUCCAAACUGCGCAACGAGCAGGGCAAAGAUCUGCUGUAUUUCAUCGAUGGAAUUGCCCAGAAGCGACCGGUCAUUCUGUGUGGCGACUUCAACGCAGAACCAGUGGAGCCUAUCUAUAGUACGGUUUUAAACUAUAAACCACUUGGACUGUCCAGUGCUUAUUCUGACCUACUGAUAGAGGAACCGACGAAGGAAAACAACCUAAAUGUAUCCAAUAAAGAGCACUCCGGAUCCGCUCUACAGUAUCAAGCCAGCAUUGGAUCGAACCAUAGUAAUGAUGACGACUGCAGCAUCAGCUCUGCAGGAAGGACAAAAGCUGAACAAUCAGCUGCUUACGAACCACCCUACACCACAUGGAAGAUCCGUGAGGAAGGUGAAGUGUGCCACACAAUUGACUAUGUCUUCUAUUCCAAAGACCAGAUGACCGUCAAAAACUGCCUAAUGUUCCCAUCCGGAGAGGAGAUCAGCCCAGACCGAACGCCCAGCUUCCAGUACCCAUCAGAUCACUUCUCGUUAGUCUGUGAUUUCGAGCUGCAACCGGCACCAAGCAAUUGAAUUGAACACUAAAUAAAAUAGAAGCACAAGACGUAACACCAGUAUCGGUGCGGGAAAAUAAAACAUAAUGCUUCUUCUAAUGAAACAGUUAAUUGUUUGAAAACAAACAUCAUCAAUUGUACCGGAAGUAUCAAAUUAGCCUGUAAGGAAAAUAAUUCUUAAACGAACUUAAAAAUAUGUUUCGAUUAGAAUACAGCUCUUCCACGCGGUAGACAGCUAGCCCAUGCUAUAUAGAAAGUGGAAGCGAUUGCUUAUUACUUCUAACGGAAGUGAAAGUCAAAUCAAUGGAGUUGAUUUGAGUUUGUGUGAAUGAAAAUACUACAAAAUCGAUUAUAGUUGUACAGUUUGUGAUAAUAGUUGUGAUAUUAUUAAAAAACAAAAGCGCGUUAGUGCCCUUGAUGGGCGACCGCUAGCAGAACGUAGAAAAGAGUCUUGGAUUCGAUUUUUUAACUUUUAUCUGAGUACUUCACGAUUCAAUUACCCUAUGCUAAAUACCUAUCCUAACAACAUAUGCAAUUAUGAAACUUAACAUCGCAACCAAACAGCCAUAAUGAAACAUGUCUACGUUUAGAGUUAUGUGAUGAUUUUGUUUCCAAAAUGUGUGUAGAAUAAUCGAAUGAAGCAGUUGUAAGAUGUUGUGUUGGUUACUGUCAUUGUCAAUUACCCUUGAUAGCUAGGUGAAAACAUUGGGUCUACCAGGAAAAAAGUGUAUAGUUUUAAGUUCACAAAGUGACAAAACAAAUUAAACCAAUGUGUAUGUUGAAACGAAUAUUACCGUAAGUUUUGAAAUAAAAAUAAAACAAAAGCCAAUUCUGCUGAAGCCUUCAA